CUUUCGUCCUGCUAGUACACAUACAUUCAUACCUACAGAUGGGCCGCACUAACCAUGCAUCUAGAUCCAUAUCAUCAUCCAUCUACCUAAACCCACCCGUCUUGACAUCUUCCAUUCUCUCCCAUCCACGCAAUAAUGCCCAGCGACCCAGAUCUCCCCAUCAAACCAACCAAGUAAACCAACACCAACAUCACCAGCAAAAAAAAAAAAAAAAACGAAUAAAAAUGAAAAGCAAAAAGGUCCCUGCAUGGAUGAUCCUGCAAGAUCCAUCGUGCACCGCUUACGUAUCACCUCGGCUCGUCUUGUCGAUAUUACCUAUGCUAUGUCAACACCCACUGAAACAUCCAUCCCUCACGAGAUCUAUACAAAGAAUACCCCCAGGAGGGGAAGAAAAAACAAGGCUGAGGAUGUGGCGAUGACUCGUGCCGUGUUUCAGGUGCUGCGUAAGGAGACUGCAUCUUAGACUUCCGUUCGACGGUCUAUCCUCGGACGCUGGUUACGGAAAGUCGUCAUUCUCUCCGCAAGGAUUGAAUGGAGUCUGGACCUGUCUGGAUGCGCUUUGCCACUGUGGCUCAUUCUUUUCUCCUCCUCUAUUUGUUUUCUUUUCUCAAAGGCAGAAAGAAGGGGGAGAGAGGAGAGAGACACCGGAGUACUCCGUCCUCCCUCUCGUCCACUCUACAGUGUAGACUACACACAUCACUUCUAUUUAUAAAGAAACAAGGAUUCACAAUCCUGCCCCG